GUUUUAAUAAAAAAUUGAAAAGAGGAUCACCUACUAACCAGCAGACCGGCAAAAUUACCUAAUUCCCCAAGGAGCACCUAAAUUCAAAUAUUUCAAAAAUAUAGAAAUGAACAAAACCUUUUAAACUUUGAUUCAUUUGUUGUCUUCUUCCUUGUGAUCUCUCUAAACUCAUAUCACAAUUCACAGCUCAUAUUUCAUUUUCUUUUUUGCACCAACAUGCCUAUAUCAACAAUUGAUCAUUCAAGCUUAAAAAAACCAAGAAACAAACCAACCUCAGCCAACACAAACUCUACCUCUAAUCUUCAAUUUUCCAAGAUUUCAAACACAAAUGGCUCAAGUGUAUCUAAAACUUGUUCAACUACAAAUCCUAAAAAGAAGAAAAAAUUUAUGUCAGUGAGCUUUGGAGGGCUAGGAUGUAAGGGAAUGUUAAAUUCGCCACCGGUGUCGGCUCCAGCAGUUAUCAGAUCAGCAGCACAAUGGGAGACUACUAAACAAACGAGGAGAAAAAAAACAACAUUGUCAAGAAGUACUAAGAAUUCAACUAAUGUUGUUUGUUGUGCUCCUCCUGGGAUAGGCUCUGCUUCUGAUGUUGCUCCUAGGCCAAGAACAAAAACUUCUCAAAGAUCAAAUAACAGAGAGCACUCUCGUGUUGCGCGGAGAACUGCAAAUGGUGAAGAUAUUUCUGGGUCACGUAUGUCUAAUAUUAGGCAUCAAUGCCCCCGUUCUCAUCGUCGUCCUCCUCAGAUUAUGAUCCUCAGACAGAACCUGCAAUUUGCUAGAGACUUAGAUGGGGAUGAUCAAUAUGAAUCCUGGAGACUGGAUGUAGAUGAUAUGUCAUAUGAGCAAUUGGUUGCACUAAGUGAAAGGAUUGGGUAUGUAGGCACAGGUUUAGCAGAAGAGAAGAUAGUCCAAUAUAUAAGAAAGUUUAAGCUCUCAACAACUGACUCAUAUUCAAUGCUCAUAUCCACUGAUAAAGCCUGGAGAUGUACCAUUUGCCAAGAAGGAUGCAAAGUUGAUGAUGAAAUUGGGAAACUAGAAUGUGGACACUACCAUCAUAUUGAGUGCAUAAAGAAAUGGCUUAUGCAGAAGAAUGCAUGUCCUGUUUGCAAAAUUGCAGCAGUCCAUGAAAAUUGAUUAUGGACAAAUCAUAUUCCUAUCCCUUUAAUGUUAAAUCAAAGUUUUCAUUCAAUUUUCUCUAUUGUCUUCAAGAUUUUGGAUCAAAACAAGUUCUUGCCUCAGAAUAUAUAUAGUCAAGAACAUUAAAUUCAGAGGCAUUAAUUGUUUUUUUGGUUUUGGUUUUUAACAUUGGUUUGUUAGGGGUGGGAUUGAAUGACGUUCCUCACCACUUCAAUUAUAUGCUGGUUCUGAAAAUUGUAUUGAUAAGUUUGUUAUGUUAUCCAAAUUCCCCUUCUUUUCUCUAA